AUGUCCGAGUCCCACAUUGGGAAGACCUUUAGCAGCAAAGAAGCUAAAUCAACGGCACUCUCUUGGACCCCAGUGGAUGCCUUUCAAGAGGAAGCUUUUGGCAAGUUCAAGGGAAUCGACGAGAUGACAAUUCCUAGCCCACAACCUGGAGCUUCGGCGCCUUUUCAACCUCCCGUCGAAAUUUCUAAUACUGCGACGUCAAAUGUUUUGGAACUCGACCAAUCUGACAACUCCGCCGUCUUGGGCACAUCUCUUUCUGCUGCUAAUUCUGGUGACGCACUGGUCCAAGAGGACAUCAGCAAUCAAAUGGCUCCGCGCUCCAGCGACUUCUCUUACUCUUUUGAAGAAAACUCAUCAGCUAUGGUCCACGAUUGUUCGACGCCCAACAAGGACACCGAAAUAAUACUUGCUAAUUUGAGCGAUUUUCUCGAUGAGGUACAUGCGUCUGAAUGCGGUGCUCCAGAUGCUUUGACAGAACCGAUGGCCUCUGGCCUUCAUCGUGACGUACAAGACUCAAUUCAUGCUGAUCAAGAAUUCACCGACAAAGGAGGUUCCGAGCCCCCUUCGUCGCCUCUUCAUGCCGUACAGCCUUUGUUCUCUUCAGACUCUCUGGACUGCCCGACUGUCGAGCUGUUGCCCUCUCCUUGUUCCUCCCCUGCCUUGAUAUCUUGCUCUGCGUUGAAUUCCCCCUCGUCUCAGAUCAGCCACGACAAUCAGGCCACAUUAUGCGGCGAAGUUGACGUCGACAUUCUGGAACUCGAUCCACUGGCAGACGGCAGGCGUUUUCACAAUGACAGUUCUCCACCCUGCUCAGCCCAAACCAAACCUCUCUCUUUUUUCUGGCUGCCAAUAAAACCCGUCUCUUCCGUUUCUCCCAAACAUCUCACAAAAAUGCAAGAUUCUCCGGAUUCUCCUGGUGGGGCAUGGUUCGGAGACUCGCUGGUUGCGACUCAGGUACUGACACAAGAUGUGAGAAUCGACCCAGCUGAAAAGGGUGGCUUGGUAUCUUCACCCUCGCCAUCUGAAGAGACGUCAUCGAACCCGGUUCCUCGACGCGAGCCAUUAUCUUCCUUUGACGAAUUAAAACAGGAAGAUGAUGUUUGUCAGCCGCUGUCAAGCUCCCCUACCGAAGCUUCGGGCGCGUAUCCAUCCUCCCCCGUAGAUCAGGACUCAAUCGAUACGUUGGACCCCCAGGAUGUGCCACUGCCUUCUUCCUCACCACCGAUGACUUCAAGUUCCCCGCCAAGUUCAAGCCCCCCUACGAGCCCAUUCGCUUCUCCACUGACAAGUUUUUGGCAUCCAUCACCUUCCUCAGCAGACGGAACAAGUGGAGCCUUACAAGAUAAUCAGGAUGCAGAUCCUUUUAUUAUUAACGACAAACAAAUAGUUCAGAGGGAUGCCAGCGACCAGCCAAAUUUCUACCAAAGCUCAGAUUGUAUCGUUUCUCAGAAAAGUUCCGAAUCACUUCAUGCAACUCAGAUGUCAUUGCUGCCCCAGCCUAAACGACCAACAGCCGCAGCACAAAAGUUACAGCAUGAAAAGCUUGCCAGACCUUUCCGAUCACCAAUUGUAACAGACAACAAAUUUAUCCCUAACCCGUUUUUUCUUCCCAAGAAUCCCAAAGACUCUCGACGCACACCCCACCAAGAAGCCGAGAAGAAAGUAAUUCCGCAAUCUACAGCAAUCGCACACGCGGAAUCCGCAGAAACGAAGGAUCCGAAGAUCAAAUAUCGAACCCAAAGAGCAGCUUCUCAAUUCAAGUCUCCACUCGCGGCGGGUUCCGAGCAACCAGCUUCGCUUGUGCGAUUGACACCCACGAUCCAAGCCCUGGAACGUAAACUUCAAAUAUUGAAAAGAGCGGUGAAGGUGAAAGCGGACAUGUCAGAGGAUGUGCUGGAAUGCUUAGUGCGAAAGUGGACAGAGGCCGGCCGAGAAGUUGCGUGGGAGGUGUGGGAGCAUGUAAAGGACAACGCGACGACUGACGACUGGCGAGAAAAUCGCGGAGGAAGCUGUGAGAGGAAACGCCCAUUUGAAGACGAUUGGGGAUGGGAUGGCAGAGGUGACCAAAAGAAGCUCAAGGCAGAGGAGCAGCAGAGACACUGGGGAUGGAGCGUCGUCCCGAUCAGACCGGAUGAGAGGGAAGAGGUGACUACCGCUGACGGCGAAUGCGAUGCUGUCAGAGACGAUAGUUUUGGAGAGCAGCCUCAUGGGACGCUGGGCAUGAUGUUGAAGCAGCUCGGCAUUUCUCCAGAAACCCUGGGCUGGAAUGAAGACGAGGACCUCUUCGUGGAUUGA